ACUUUUACCACAUCCUGUUGGAAAAACUUUGUCGUGCGUCCUCCCAUGACUACUCAUGUUCAGCUGUUUGUUGUCUGUUAGUGUUUGUAGAUAAACCCGCUCUCAUUAUGUUUCCCCAUUCAAGUCUGAGGGCUUUAGGCGGCCUGUGUUUGCUUUGCGUCUUGAUCGUACCUGCUGCUGGAGAGAAAGUGUUCGAGAGCAGCUCCGGGGUGAUCCAGGAGCUCCGGGCAGCCCUGGCUGAUCUGGCCGGGAAGGGAAGGACGUCCCUGGGCAGGCUGGCGGGGGAGCAGACGGUGCUGUCUGUGCAGAAGGCUUUCUCUCAAGUUCUAGGUGUUGUUGCAGAAAGUUUGACUGCAGGUCUGAAUGUACUGCUGGAGUAUACCUCACACAUCCUGCAGGCUGCUGGAAUCCAAGUUGGCCGCCCGAUCAAAGUGACACCUGAGGGCCUGAUCUUUGUUGCUCAGUGGGUCCUCGUGGCUCUCGUUGGCUACUGGCUGAUCUCCCUUUUCUUCCAACUGGUUGCCUCCACUUUGAGGAGGGCCCUGUGGCUGCUGAAGUUGGGCAUCGCUUUGACUUGUUUUGGACUUAUCCUGAGCGACUACCGGGUGGGCACAGAGACCAUGGCCGUGCGACUGGCUAUCUUGGUGUUCGUCUGCGUCGUGCUGGGCGUCGGGUUUUCGAGCGGUUCUAAUCCGGCCGAUAAAACUGCUCGUCUGGAGGAGCAGGUGAAGAUCCUGGAGAGACGGCUGAGAGAGAUGGAGAGGUGGACGAGGACAGAAGAGUGAAGAAGGGAGAGGGAGAAGUCAAAUGUUCGUCAGUUGUGAAACCUUGUGUGUAGAUGAUGGAGCGCUUGUUUCUUUGGGGCUUCUGUAACAUAAGGGUUUAUAAUUGUGAUUUUUUUUUCUCUAAUGUCUUCAAAAUCGAUUCAUUAUGUUUUUUUUUAACUUAGUGUAAUAUUUCUGUCACAUUUGGACAGGAUUAACAUUACAGGGGGAUUUAAAGUAAUUAAUUUAAUAUCUGCUUUGUCCCAUGAUUAAUUAACUCCAGUCAAAAUCGAAAACAUUGCAAAAAGGCAUCCAUAAAUAGAAAUUAAUCUUGACAUGUUUAAGGUUAUGUCAAUGUCACAGUAAGGCUUUGAUAGUUUUUUGCACAUUCACGGCUACAGUACAAACAGGUGCUAGUAGAUAAUUUGGCUGCUUUAAACAGUGUCAGUGUGACAAAAUGUUAACAAAUCCAGACUAAAAAACUGGCUCAUAGGGAAGAGUACCUACCAGUGGCUGAGUUUAUAACAGCACAUGAAUGAGUUCAGGAGUGCAGCUUUCCUAAUACCUAUAAUUUCUUUCAGUUUUUGUAUCGGAUCCGACAUAGGACUUUAUGUUGGUGUUAAGAUGUUUCCAUCAGGUUUUCCUCCAUUUCCACUCAAAAGCUGAACUGUGCUGAUAAAAUAUAGGAGAAAGAAAUCCACUUCAAAAUACAAAGUCUGACGCUCAGGAAGGGACUUACAUUAUAGGAGCAGCAGCCAAUUUACUGCACAAUCAGCUGUAGUUAUUACUGCAAAGUGAAAAACCUUAAAAUCAUGAAUCACAACAGCCGACCUCCCCUACAGACAUACAUUCCAGUGCCUCUGGUAAUCCAUGGAGGCAGCGAUUUGUUAGUGUGCAUGUCGUGAUUUUAUAUUUUUUAACCGUCCUUUCUCUAAAUAAAAACACUCUUAAGACAUGAAAACAAAUUUGUGCCUUAAAGCUUGAUUUAUAUUUCUGCGUUGAAUCUACGCUGUAGGAACAGCAUAGCCUACACGGCAGCCUGACCUAACCAGAAAUGUGCCUACAUGGCGUGGCUAUGCAGACCGUGACCACUGUGGUUGGUCCACUUGGCAGUAAAAUGUCAUGCUUACACUGCAUAUUGUUUCACACAAUGAUAAUAUUUCUGCGAAACAAAAUAUAACAUCUAUUAGGCUGUAACUGUAGCUGACUGGCUCAUAAUUGCAAGAACCAGUAUUUCUCCAGUGUAGCCAUAUAUAUGCUGUCUUUUGGUUUUCAUAGCUCUACCAAUCCAUGUAUAGACUCAUUUAGUCCUGACAUCUUAUUGGUGUCUGUAACUGUUGCAUUUCAGCUACCAUUGUGUACGUUUAUGAAUUCAGCAUAGUGGCACAGAAACACCCAACUAGCUCUGUGGCAGUGUUACUGCAGAAACAUAGACACACUUGUGCAUAAGUAUGAAUGAAUAAAAUCACCGAGGCCUUUACUGAAUUUAAGAAACAUUAUCUGUAUUUUCUCUCAGUCAGAUCAAGAGCAAUACCACUCUAAUAUCUGUAUUAAAGUACAGAGCUCCAGGUAGUUGCUGUAUGUCCUCAGCAUCUUCAGCUGGAGUGCAUGUCUUGUGUUUUUCACCUUAAAGAACCCAAGGCUACCCACCCCCGCCAACAGGGUUUAUGCUAAGCUAACUCAAGCGCUCUACAUUCCAAGGGCUUGGUAUCGAUCUUGUCGUCUCUCUUUGAUAGAAAGAACAUUUGCUUGGUUUUCAAAAUUGCAUCUGUUGCUUCAAUUUACCAUGUCAACAACAAUAUCGUCAUAUUUCUGUGGACAUGCUGGUGGGUUAUAGUCUCUGUUUUGUUCAGCCUCAUGCACAGAGGUUAAAUCUGAUUGGAUGUUCUGCGUGUUUCUGUUGAAAUCGUGGAUUCCGUAAUGCUUCGGAUCCUUCUGAGGGUUUUGGACAAAUGCAAUCACGAAGCCAAAGACUGGUACUUUUAAGUUUCUCACAUGUUCUCGAGCAGCUCGUGAUACUGUUGAUCAUUAUGGAAAAAUAUUUGGUAAGAUCAAAAUGGAUUCUCUUGCUUUGUGGAUUAACUAGUGUCACAAGCUGGACUCUGUGCAUGUAUAUUUAUAGGAACUACGUCAAAGUUUACCCUAAAGCAUCUCUUCCAAUAAGUUAAUAAACUCAGUAAGUAUAGUAAGUAAGGCACCAGUGACCGUGCAAAAAAAGAGACUAGUGACUACUGAGCAUACGACUCCUCUGAAGGAGGUACAAGCUUCAGCAGCUGAGACAACAACAACUGUUGCCUGGCUUCUUCACUGCUCAGAGCUUUGUGGGAGAGUGGCAAAGAGAAAGCCACUCUUGAAAAAGCUCUUUUUAAUCUUGUUUUCCAGAAGAAAACUUUUGUACUGAAUGCUUUUAUAGACACUGUAUAUACUGUAGACAAAAGGAAUGAAAAUAAAUAAAUAAAAAACUGC